GCCACGUGCCAGCGCUCACAGUGUGACCAACGCGAGAGCAUAACGCAGCAUGGCCGACGACGAGGGCGACGUGCUGUACGAGGGCCUCCUGCAACUGCGCUUCGCGCUCUCCUUCCAAGAGUACUACGGCGUCUUCACGGACACGGGCGUGCUGCGGCUGUAUGCGGACGAAGCCUCGGCCACCGCCCGCCCCGGCACGACGGUCAAGCAGACGCGCGUCGUCAAGGUCAAGGAGUGGAGCGGCGAGACGAUGUUUGGUGCUCACGAAAACUCGUUCAAGAUCGUGACACAAAAAGGUAGCGAGGUGCCGGCAGCCGCGCGCAACCGCAUCGAAGGCACGCUAUGGGUCAAGUCGAUCACUGCGGUGACCGAGCCCGAGAGCCACGAAGGCCUCAAGCUGCAGAAGCACAAGCGGAAGGCUGCGCGGGCGCUCGAGAAGGAGAAGAAGCGCCAGGAAGAGUACGAAGCGCGGGCCAAGGCCCACCGCGCGCUGCCCACCGUACCGUCGGGCAAACCGGACGUGCCACCGAUCUCGUACCUGACCGACCCGCGCCGGACGCGACUGGACGCACGCAACUUUCCCAAGUACCGGGAGCACCUCAAGGCCCACAAGAUUGAGACGCGCUUGACGGCGUCGCUCGACGAGGCCAAGAAGGAGGAGGAAAAGAAGAAGAAGAAAUCCAAGCGCAAGAAAAAGGGCGACGACGACGACACGGACGACGUCGAAGCGCCGACCUCGGACGUGCCGCCACCGCCGCCGCCAACAGCGUCGUCAUUGGCACCGCUGCCCGCGCCCGGCGCCAUCGACUUUGAAAUGUGCGCCAAGUUCAACAACCUCCUCAAGCUCGGGCUCUCGCAUGACGAAGUCAAGAACUUUAUGACGGCGGAAGGCCACUCGCCAGCGGUGCUCGACCAAACGAGCCAGUAUUUAAGCCAGUCGUCGCUGGCGCCGCCGCCGAGUCAGACCGCCGAAGCUCCGCUGAAGGCACCCGGGUCGCCUCUGAAGAAAGCGCGGAAAUCGAGAACGCCGCACGGCAUGCCGCCACCGUCGCAAAUGACGUCCGCACCGGCACCGGGUGUUGAAGCUCCGCCGCCACCGCCGGCGCGCAAGUCGCUCCUGGAUCAAAUCAAAUCCGGGUUUAGCUUCAAGAAGAAAUCUUAAAUCUUCAUACAGUAGACAAUCUAAUAGCAUGCUCUCUUCUGUUUGACCGAGAA